AUUAUUCUUAUAUCAUCAUAAAACUCAUCACUGCGUACAAUAAUAUAUAUUUAUCUAUUCACUUCUUCAAACAUUCCUACUUACAAAACAUUGCGUUAUAUAUUUGUGUGGCCCUUUUGAAGAAAAAGAUGGCGUCUUUGAAGUGCUUGUGGUUCAUAGCUUUGCUUGUGUCGAGCUUGUUCAUGGCGUCCGAGAGUCGAAUAGUGGCCAGAAAAGAGUUGGGAUUGGACCUUGGCGGGGUGGGGAUUGGCAUAGGAACUGGGAUAGGGAUUGGGUUGGGUGGAGGAGGUAGUGGCAGUGGUGCUGGAGCGGGUUCGGGUUCUGGGUCCGGGUCGGGGUCAAGAUCUUCGUCGAGUUCCAGCUCCUCCUCUUCGUCGUCAAGCUCAGGGUCGGGCGGCGGUGCUGGGUCAGAAGCGGGUUCUUCUGCUGGUUCGUAUGCCGGGUCGAGGGCUGGGUCGGGAUCCGGUCGCGACGACAACGGAAAGUGAGUGUAAUAAAUACAAUAUCAAUGAUUACAAAAACUAUGUAAUAUAUUAUUAAUAAAUAAGAAGAGGAGUACCUACUUGAAUUCAUGAAGAUUUCUAGUUUUUCUAUUAUUGUAUUUUUAUUUAUCGAAGGAGUGAGUAUUACCUGACCUACCUAGCUUAUAUUGUUUUUGGUUAUAUAAACCUUUGAUGCUAAUUCGAAUUUAGUUUAUAAUGUUCUGUGUCAUUAUUUUCUUUAAUGAAUAUUGUUUAAUAAUGUUAA